AGAGAGAGAGAUAGGAGUAAGAAGAAAAAAGGGAAGAAGAAAAAAGGAAGGGAGAAAGAAAGAGGAUACUACAAUCAUGUUGUGCUGCAUUAGAAGAACAAAACCGGUUGAGAAGAAUGAAGAGGCUGAUCAGAAACUGGAGCAGGAUGGUAACAAACCAGAAGACAAAGCCCACAAGGCGGCUACUAAAAUCCAAGCCAGCUUUCGUGGACACAUAAUCCGGAAAAAACUGAAGAAUGAGAAGAAGGAUGAAAGUCCUGCUGUCCCUGAAGCUGCAACACAGGCAGAGGAGAAGAACGACAAGGUCUCUGCAUCAGCUGACCCUGCUGCAGAAUCUACAACUGAAGAUACUGAAGCUUCAAACCAAGCCAAAAGUGCAGAUCCUGACAAGGCAACAAACACCACUGCAGCCACAGCCUCCUCUCCUGUUGAGGUUGCUCCCUCUGAUCCUAGGAAGGAUGAAUCAAAGCAAGAGGCUUGCAAGGAGGAAAUAGAAAAGGCCAAAGAGGGAGAGGAAUCUGUGGCGGCAGAGGGGGGUGAAAAAGCAUCUUCUCCUAUAGCUAAUGAGAACACCACUGCCAAUGAAUGUGCUGAAAGUGCUCAGUCAGUCGAAGCUGCAGAAAACAAGGAAAAGGGAGAACCUAAACAAGCCAAUGUGCCUGCUGAAGGUGAGAGUGAGCCUACACCAGAGAAGGCCCAAAGUGAGGAGAGUCAGUCUGCUCAACCUCAAGACGAUAAUGAUGCUGUAGAAGAGUCCAAACCAACUGAAAGUGCUCAAAUAGAGGCAGACAAGGAUGAAGACAAGCCUGACCAAGACAAAGUCUGAGACAAUAAAACAGUAAUGAGUAGAGGUAAAAAGAAAUGUCAUUCUGCCUUCUAAUUGUAAGGACCAUCCAUUUUUAUUUUAUUGUUUUCUCUUUGUGUGGCAAUGAUUUUCUAAUACUGGGGGAGUUCCCAUUUACAGAUUUGGCUUAUAUACCAAUUGAUAUGCAUUCACGUUCGGAUAAGAUAUACUUACUAUAAUUAACAAAUAGUUGCCCAGAAUACAGCCCAAAUCACAGAAAAGCCUCUAUCUUCCAUAAUCUGGAGCCUUGCCAGUGUACAUAUUAUUGUAAUACCUUAGGGAUGUAUCUGAUUUAUUAUUCUCCUCUCAUAUAUUUUCCAUUUGCAAAUGUAAUUGCUAAUUUGCACACAAAAAAGAGUGAAACAGUUUGUGAUGAGUGGAAUGAGGUGUAGUACACAAAAACUCAGCAAGAAUACAACUGCUUCUGUCAGUAUGAGAAGUUAAGUCAUUCAACGAAGUAGAUGGAAACCCCUCCACUGGAAUGUUUGGCAGUCACAAAACAAAAUAAAAAAAAAAAUAAAGUAAAAAAAAAACAAUGUGACUUCUUUUAGAUGUUGUUGGUGUUGUCAUGACAGUUUGAUAUGACCAACCAUUUGGAAAUAUUCUGCACUAUAUUUAAAGCAACAAUUAACAAAAACAAAGCAAAACUGCUCUGGUUAUUUUCCAUGUUCAAGUGAGUGCAAUGUUCAUUUUAAAUAUAAGGAAUUACAAUUGUGAGUGAAUAAAUGGUUUCAAUUCAAUGUGAUGGGAAAAAAAAACUUUUGUCUGUUUUCAAAAUAAAGCAAU